GGAAAGACCUGCUCAGAAGCGAGUUUCUGCAAAGAACGGAUGGUGGGGCAAUUCAACUUCCCACGAACACCCAUCGGCUGGUACGCUUAUUCUAAGGAAAGAUGUCCACCAGGAACGAGUGCUGUGGGUAAACCCGAGGCUUCGACCAGAUGUUCCAAAAGGAACACACCCCCGAGUUUCCAGGAUCCGCCGCACAUCCUCCAGUGUGGACAGACGCUCACCGACAUAAAACAAAAUCUGACCAGCUCAGCAGAUUUAGAGACGCUGGCGGAGAGUGCUGAGAUGCUGACGUCCCAACCUGAAGAUUUGACGGCUGAAGAAGUGACGACGGCCGCUCAGAUCGCCGACACGCUGCUGUCGUAUGAGAACGUCUCACAGAGUGUGAGGGAGGCAGCGGUAGCGAUCGUCAGCAAUAUUCUGAACACCGACCUACCAGACAACAACCAGGAAAACAACGCUACUCUCAGCCUGACGCAGACCCUGUCCAGGCUGUCGGUGGACCUGAGUCUGAUCUCGGAUCAGCUUGAUUCUAAGUUGGUUCAGCCAAACAUCGCGAUCCAAUCGGCUCAGAUCUCGGCGGCCGACACUCAGGGAGUCCAGUUCACCGCACUGUCAGGAAUGUCGGGAAGUUUCGUUGCUGACCGCAUCCUGCUGGACACAAACACGUCGGUGGAAACCGACUUAAUUGCCGACGCCAUCGUUCACCUCCAGUUUACCCCAGAACGACCACUUCUUCCACUCGCAGCGCUACAGGCGGCGCCGGGCCUCCGUCAGGGUCCUGUCGGCCAACGUCAGUGGUCUGGAGCCACAAGAGGUCCAGAUGCUCUUCAGACCAAAGCUUCUGAACGGUACGUCUCUGUGGGACUUCUCGUGUGUUUUUUGGAACUACACUUUGGAGGAUUGGAGCGCGGCUGGCUGCUGGAAAGGAAACGCUUCAGACGGAGUCCUCGAAUGUUUCUGCAACCACACAACCAACUUCGCUGCUCUCUGGUCCUUCAGAGAGAAUUAUGAAUAUGUAGAAGCGCUGGAUACAAUUUCUAAAGUUG